AUGCUUUCCGUCGUAUCAUUACUCAUACUACCCCUCCUCAGCCUCGCCCUACACGCCUCCGCCCUCCCUCGAAUCCAACAAGAACAGCCUAUUCUCUCUGAAAUAGGACCCCUCCCUCUCGUAAUAUGGCAUGGCCUAGGCGAUGAUUAUGGCAACGAUGGCCUCAAGCACGUAGCUAGUCUUGCUGAAGAUGUCGUUCCGGGCACCUACGUCUACAUCGUCACCCUUGGCAACUCGCCUACGGCGGACCGCGAAGCCACCUUCUUUGGCAACAUCACCACUCAGUUGCAUGAGAUCUGCGAAAGUAUAGGCAAAGACAAGAUCCUCAGCACCGCACCGGCCAUCAAUGCCCUGGGAUUCUCACAGGGUGGCCAAUUCCUCCGCGGAUACAUCGAGCGCUGUAACUCGCCCCCAGUCCGCAACUUCGUCACUUUCGGGAGCCAGCACAACGGCAUUUCCAGCUUUCAGUCCUGCAACACCACUGGUGAUUGGAUAUGUAAGGGUGUAGAGGCGUUGUUGCGAUUGGGCAGGUGGUCCAGCUUCGUCCAGUCAAGACUCGUGCCUGCGCAAUACUUCCGGAAUCCAGAAGAAAUGGACGACUACCUAGCCUACAGCAACUUCCUGGCGGAUAUCAACAACGAACGGUCCGUGAAGAACAAAACGUACAAGGAGAAUUUGGCCAAGUUGAAUAAGUUUGCAAUGUACAUGUUUGAGAACGAUACGACAAUGGUGCCGAAGGAGUCCGCGCAUUUCUCUGAGGUUAAUACAACAGAUGGCACGGUCACGCCGUUGAAGAGUAGAGUGUUGUAUCAGGAGGAUUGGAUUGGCUUGAAGGAGUUAGAUGAGCAGGGGAAGCUCGAUUUUAGGACCAUCUCUGGUCAACACAUGCAAUUUUCGGACCAGACACUGCGUGAGGUUUUACAGGAGUAUUUUGGGCCUAUUGAGCUGGGAGGUGAGGUCGACGCGGUGUGGACCGAUCUGGAGGUGCAGGCUGUUCUUUUGGAUGAAUGA